AUGGUGAACAUGAACUCCUCCAGCAACUCUAGCUUGGACUCCACCUCCCCGGAUUCGGGCCGCCUGAUUUCGAGCACCGUCCUGGGGUUGUGCUGUGCGCUGGGCCUCCCUGGUAACAUAGCUGUCCUGGUGGUCAUCCUGUGCCGCUCGUCCCGACGCCCCAACUUCACCCUGUGCCUCAUGCUGAACCUGGCUUCCUCCGACAUCCUGUGCCUGGCCACGGUGCCCGUGUGGAUCUAUACUCUCCUGCACGGCUGGACUCUGGGCCGUGCUGCAUGCAAGUUAGCCACGUUCCUGCUCUAUCUCAGCCUGUAUGCUAACGUGCUAACGGUCACUCUACUCGGUGUCCAGCGCUGCCUCCAGGUGCUAUACCCGCAGAUGUGGAACAGGCUGGGGCGCAAGGGGGAGGCGGUGCUGCUCCUGGCCCUGUGGGGGCUCGCCUGUGCUCUGACUGCUCCCGCCGUUGCCACUCGCGAUGUGCGCGAUGGCGAGCUCAAGUGCCAGCGACACACGGGCUCCGAUGCUGAAAGAGUUGCUGUCCUCGUCUUGGAGACCCUUUUAGGGUUUGUGGUUCCGUUCUCUGUGCUGGUCACGUCCUACUGCUGCCUCCACCGGCGGGUGAACCAGACUGCGCUGUUCAGCAGUGCAAAGUUGACGCGGCUGGUCACCAGUGUGGUGGUCACCUUUUUCAUCCUCUGGAUUCCUGUGCACAUUGUCAAUGUGGUGGACAUCGCCGGCAUUGUGCUGCAGACUUCCUGGCCAGAGGCGUCGGCAGCGCUGCUGAGCCACAGAAGCGCAGCAGCGCGUGUCGUCCGGAGCUUUACGUUUUUUAACAGCUGCCUGGACCCCUUCCUGUACGCCUUCGCCUCGCGGAGAAUCCGUGAGCAGCCCAAGUCGUCGUCGAGGGGCGACAGCAGGAUGCAGGUCACAAAUAUCUGA